GUCCACAGCUAAUUUCUGUGUUCAUAAAUAAUCAUUAAAAUUAAUAUUAAUUAAUUGAUAUUUUUUUUUUGUAUUUCAAAACGAAAAUAAUUAAUUAUCGAUAAAAUGAUAUAAGCUUAAGAGUAUUAUGGAAUCUAAUGAUGAAGAUCUUGUUGAGAGAGAGAAACUUGUGAACGAUGGGGAAACAGAAGAAGAACCAAAUAGCCAAAAUGUGAAUAAUUCACAUCCAAAAUCACCACCACCAAUUCCAGUUUCUCCAGUUAUUAUUAAAAAGAUAAAAAGUGAAUCUAGUAAUGAUGAAACAACUCAUACAACAAGAAGUCCUAAUUCUGCUUCAGCUUCCUGUUCUAUUGAACAAACAACUUCAGAGAAAGGACAAACUACAGCUAGAGUUACAUAUGUUAAUGAGAGACGGCUGAGAAAUGAUGAAUCAAGAUUUGAUUUCAAAUUACCACCGAGGAAAUUUCUUAAAGAAAACACAAAUAAUGUAAAAGGCAAAUCAAAUAGUAGCGUAUUAUCAAAAAAUCACAAUUCUGAUGAUCGAACAAUUAAACAUCAUUCUUUUAUCUCAGAAGAACCUGAUGUUAAACAUAUGGAACAAGCUCUAUUAGGAUUACUUGAUGAUUUUCAUUCAGGGAAACUUAAAGCGUUUGGUUCAGGUAAUACAAUGGAACAAAUGAAUAAAAUUCGUGAGCAACAAGAAAGUCUAGCAAAAUUACAUUUUGAAUUAGCAACUGCAGAAGAAGAAUCUUUGGAAAAUGGUAGCGAUUUAAACUCAGCUGCGGCUAGAGCUCAAGAAAAUAUGAUGCAAUUAGUUCAACGUCUUGAAAUGUUAUCCGUAUCAAUAGAACAAUUACAGACAAGUCAUUCUGAUGGGCUGUGAAAAUAAUUUGAAUAAGUUUAGGGAAAAAUCAACUAAAAAAUUAAAUUCUUAAUUUUUUUAUACAUCAAUUAGCAAUUUUAUUUAGGUUUUUUUUUUUUUUAUUAAUAUGUGAAUACAUAUAUUGUAUAUUAUGGUAAAAAAAUUUGUCAAGGUAAGACAAAUUUGCUCCUUUUAAUUUAUUUUAAAAUUUAGUUCUUUUUAUAGUUAGGUUACGUACCUUCUUGUUUUGUUUUUAUUUUUUUUUAGUUUUGAUAUUCUGAAUUUAAAACAAGUGUAUGAAUAUGAAUAUUCACUUAAAAAGGAUUGAAAUAAUGCUCAUUAACUUUUCUUAUAAAUCGUUUAUCAAAAACAAAAAUUAUUUCGGAAAUAUAGUGAAACUAAGCCAAUUUUUUUUAUUGUACAUGGUAAUUAUUAUAGGGUUAAAUAUAGAAGUUUAAUAUUAUUAAUAUAGUAAAAAAAAUUAUAUUAUAUAAACAACAGUGGAUAUGUGUUUGGUUGCUUCAUAUUUGACCUUUUUAUAAUAUAUGUAUAUGUUAGUAAACUAGUAAUACUUAAAUAAAUAUUGAAAAAGUAAAAUAUUAUGAGUGUAAUGUAGAUUUAUGUAAUAAAACAUCGAAAUUUUAACUAUUGUAUUUUAUAUUACAAAUUUUUAAAUUUUUAGGUUGAAAUUUUUAAGGACAGAUUAUUUAAUCAUUGGUCGGUAUACUUAA